AUGGCAAUUCUAGAGCGCAAAAAUGAAUGGCCCAACCUUAUCAAACGAUGUCUCCAGAAUCGGCUUCGAUCGGAGAAAUUCGAGAUAUUGGCACAGGACCUCUACAAGAAGAAUCCAAUACCAGGAAGACAACUCGCCGAACUGCUGCUGACCCCGGGACCCGGCGCGACAACCGCGUUAGAUCCGCUCAUAGUCGUUUAUUUUGAGCGUCUCUUGGCUACUGACAAGCUCGACUCCUCGGAUCCGCUCAGCAUCCUCUCCAUACAGUCCCGGAACCGUCAGCUCAAGUUGGAGAGCAUUACCGGUCCCCUCGAUGAUUAUACAGCUCGCCAAUACUGCUCUGUGGACUUAGAAGAAAUCGUGUUGAACCGACUAACCAAGGCGUUCAUGAGUGGAGCGAGACCCAAAACUUUAGCAGAGACACGAAAGACCUUAAGCAUUGUUUCGGAAUGGAUGUCCGCACUGGCCGCAUCUAACACGAGGGAUUCUGUGCUGCAUGCAAUGAGUGGAACUAUCCAAGAGGUGCAUCCUUACGCGAUCGUGGUCCGGGAAGCGCUUGGUAUGCUUGUGACGGCUAUGGCGGAGAACCCAAAGGUAUUAGGCUUCAUCGACAAGGCUCUCAGCAAAGAUCUCAAACAAGGCCUGGACCAUUCAGUCUCGCAGUUCAUACAGCUAUUGUCACAAGCGCAAACGCAGACAUCAGUCGUUGUGGUUCCGCGGCUACAGCUGUUUUACAAGGAUCACCUCAUGUCAGAGGAUGCUGCUAAGGAUCUAAAUGACAUGCCUUUGCCGCUCGAGACUGUGAUUGACCUGCCCAUCAUGAACACCCCAUCCGGCCUGUAUUUGUUCUUCAACUCCCUGCUCGUAACGCGCCCUCUGACAGAUGAUUUCAUGAUCACGGGUUACCUUCAGAACCGGUACAAGAACGACUUUCAAUCGCUUACAGUCGACGUGAUAACCGCUGGCCUCGAUACGCUCUCGAAAGCAGUGUACCGCGGAGAAUCCGACGACACCUUGUUCUCUAUGCGCUCCUUCUUCGUUAACAAGAUACCCCUUCUGCUUUGUUACUAUUACGCCUCCAUGGGUUCUGUGGUACCUCUGCCAAUGCUAGAAACUUACAUGGUUGCGGCCUUCAAUCAAAGAGGUUUCAAUGCAUUUUCUUCCUCUCAUGGCUCUGAUGUGGCCGGUGGCAAUACUCUAUUGUCAAAUGUCCGUCAACAGUUCGUCUACGCCUGUGCUCUGCAGAAGUUGAUUCCUGAAUCAAGCAUCGGGAGUAUACUCGGUGAGCGAUCCGCGUCGAGCAAACCAGUGGGGCCAAGAUUGGCCAAAGAGGUCCUUGUUGCUCGGUGUCAGGCCAACCCGGAGAAGGCUCAGGAGCUGCUCGGGAGGCUAGAGGGCAUGGAUGGCAACGUUGGGGCGGUAGCUGGCGCUUUAGUAGAGAUCAUGCGCACUCUGUGCAAUGCAAGAGAGAUUAUGUCUCUCAAGAGCUUGUGUGGGGCUCUCUCGCGAAGGCCAAGAUCGCUUGACAUUCUCCUUCAAUACUCAUCGCCAGCAAGCAUCCUCCAGCCUCUCUGCCAGCUCCUAGACGAUUGGAAAUAUGACGAGGAUGAAGAGCACCAGCCCGUCUAUGAUGAUUUCGCCGCGGUCUUACUGCUGGUACUAGCGUUCGUCCACCGACACGGGCUCUCUUACCUUGAUAUCGGGCUGGGCCCGAAAUCCUUCACGACGCAGCUACUGGAGCAUGGACACGAAGCUCUACCCAUCGAUCAACUCAGCGAAGAGCAGAGCAAGCACCUCGCAAGCUGGCUGCGCGGCCUCUUCGAUGCAGACGCCAUUGACGAUGCUUUCUCUGCUUGCAGUCCGCAGGAGUUCUACAUGCUCGUACCGACACUUUUCGACCAGACAGUCUCCGCUUGUUUCGCAGGCAUCAUCGGAUCUGACACAGUGAAAAAUGGGCUCGAAUAUAUGCUCGAUACAUUCUUGCUUCCUUCGCUCGUUGGAGCGCUCACGUGGAUGACCGCUCACGCCGCUGAGCCAACCCAUAACGACCUCGACAUAGUUAUGCAAGUCUUCCGCAAGUUGAUACGACACACUCCCACAUCUGGAGAUGCCCAGGCUAUGCACAGCACUAUUCUGUCCAUCAUGUCGACUCGUCUGGACAAGUGCUUGCGCGAAAUCCAGCGGAGAGAGCCUACGCGGCAAGACAUUGGGCCUUUAUUAGAGGUGCUCGCGAAUCACCGUAACUUUGAGCGGACGGCCUCGGUAUCUAUAACAGAUCUCGAGUCGUGGGCUUCUCCGCCCAACAGCUUGCAGGACUCGCUCAAGAGCACCAUCCGGCAGUUCGUUGCGUGGAGCGCGGAACCCACGAUGCACACCUUCAACCUAGACAACCGGCAAUUAAACGUAUCGAUCAAGCUACUCGGAGCAAAACAAGUGCUGGACGCUAUCAUCGAAGAAGCCAAGUCGCAAACAGAAGCCGGCAGAGGCAGCAUCGCCCUCGACGUCGCCACCGCGCUCUUCUGCGCCCCCAGCACAGAGAACAGUCCCAUCCCCAUCCAAUGGCACGGUUCACCUAUCCCUGCGCCCGUCCCUCCACGCACGCAGCUGAACCUUCGCGAGAUGCUAAAGCUCGAGUUCGACGACGCAGGCGAGCUCAUGAAGACGGAUCUCGGCGCCGCGGAAGCGAUAGUGCGCCUGCACCGUAUGGUCGAGAACCAGCUACUGGUCUCCGCGGUCCCGCAGAUGGCGGCGCCCAUCCAGGAUAUGGGCCUGAUGCAGGGUAUCGAUCUCAGUGUCUCGGAUGCUGCUGCUGUCUCGGCGCUCACGGCAGCUGCAGCGGCAGACCAGCCGCUGGAGCAGCAGUUUGGGCUUACGGGCGCUGAGAUGGCGGGAAUCGAUUUGAGCGGUGGGCUGGGAGGUGAGAUGGGGGAUGCGGUGCCGGGCAUGAUGCGGAGCAGUGUGUCUGGUAUGCCUGCAGACGCUACGAAUGCUGGAGGCGCAGGGUUAGGUCUUACGCUUGAUACGAGCGUGGAUGCAGGACUUGAUCUAGGCGGCGAAGGAGAUAUGAGCGGUAUAAUGGGGACGGAUGAGGAUAACAUAUUCGCUGGUUUGGAGCUUGACAAUGACAUGGAUUUUCAAAUGUAG